AUGGCCACGAAGGGGGCGAAGAGCGCCGGGGCCCCGACAGGGACGCCCUCCCGUGGACUGGUCCUGGUGGGCCUACACCGGUACGUGCAACAUUCGUCGGCGGGUGUCCGUGUACAUGUUUUCGUGGCGCAGGGGCGGUACACGCAUUCGCCGGGGAGCCUCGCCGAAGACAGCAUCGGCGCCACUGAAUACACGAGCGGCGCCCCACUUCAUCAUUCGCCCCUCUCGUCGCCGCCGAGGGGCGCCCCCCUACGGCAGGCGGAGCCCGCGGCCCUGCGGCAAAAACCCGCGCGCGCCCCAGCGCCCCUGCAGUUGGCUCCACGGCGUGCUCCCACACGUGCUGUUUUCCAUCCGCGGCCGCGGAGGUCUGGCUCUAAUUAG